AUGGGCCCCUGUACCGCCUCCUCAUGCUGCUGCCAGGCCUUAAUCUGCCAUGGGCCCCUGUACCGCCUCCUCAUGCUGCUGCCAGGUCCACAGUGUCUCAUGGGUCCCUGUACGGCCUCCCAUUGCUGCUGUCUCCAUCGCCACACUCUGCCAUGUGCCACUUUCAGGUCUCCUCACACUUCUGAUGGGUUCCAUUUUGUCAUAGGGUGCUGGCAGAUUACGGGGGCCUCCCAUUGCUGCUGCCAGGCCCCUAAUCUGCCAUGGGCCCCUGUACCGCCUCCUCAUGCUGCUUCCAGGUCCACAGUGUGUCAUGCCAUGUGCCACUUUCAGGUCUCCUCACACUGCUGGUGUGUUCCAUUUUGUCAUAGAGUGCUGGCAGAUUACGGGCCUCCCAUAGCUGCUGCC